GGAUUAUAAUCCCAAAAAAUUUCUUGUAUAUGAUGAUACUCGAAAACCGCCCCCAUAAACUUCUAGCUUCGCAAAAAGUUCAUCACCAGAACUUACAGAAUCUCAAUUUUGAGCUGUUUAUUCCACCAGAGUUUCAAUUGAAACAAUCAAUUGUCUGUUUCUUCACGCAGAAGGCGUGUACGGUGUAUUCUUUUCUGGGUCUUCUCACAAAUCGAUCAACUUUCCUGCCAUUCGUUUCCUCCCUUCUUAAAAUCUAUAAACUCAGUCAAAAUCCCAGUUCAUCUUUUCAUGUUCUUUUGCUAAUUGUAGAGUAUCCAACCUUAUAAACAAUGGAUUGGGGAAUUUCAAGGUUAAUUUUUUUAAAAGCGGCAUUUUAUUUCUCUGUAUUUGUAUUCAUGAGAAGCAAUGGAUUAAAUUGGCUAGCAAUUCCCUUUUUAUAUGCUUCAUUGGUAUUCUUUUUGGUUUCAAUUGCUUCACACCCACAAAUCAAUCUUCCAAUAUUGUUGGGGAAAAGCACAGAUGGGUCUUUUCCAAUUUGGUCAAUUAUUAUUUUUGGUCCAUUCUUACUUUUUGUUCGGAUGUUUUCAACAUUGAGAAGAUUGAUGAGUAAAGAAGAGCCUUAUACUGAAAUUUGUGAGGGUGUAUAUGUUGGUGGAUGGCCUUCUUCACUUGAUAAAUCUCCUCCUAGAAAUCCUGCUAUUAUUGAUUGCACUUGUGAAUUUCCUCGAAGUUCAGAGUUUUUGAAGAAUCCGUACUUCUGUGUUCCUACUUGGGAUACAAGGUCGCCUCAGCCGUCAGAGAUUGAGGCUGCUGUUAAAUGGGGUUGCAGAAAGAGAGCUCUUGGAGUGCCUGUCUUUAUCCAUUGUGCCUAUGGUCAUGGAAGAAGUGUAGCAGUUAUGUGUGCUUUACUAGUGGCUUUAGGAAUGGUGGAUAACUGGAAAGAUGCGGAGAAACUGAUCAAAGAACGGCGCCCUUAUAUCCGCAUGAGCUCUUUACAACGAAAAGCCUUAGAGGAAUGGGCAAAGCAUCGAUUAUCUCCUAUCAGGAAGAAGGUUGAAACAGAUGUGAGCUCUGUCAUCAUGCCUAAUUCUUUGGAAAGGAACUAAAAUGGUGGAGACCCAAGAUUGGUAUUCUUCCUUUCGCUUCAGUUUGCCAAUAACAGUUGGAACAGGUUGUGAUUCAUUAUAUCAGGAUAUGUAAAUUAUAAAAGUAUUAUGCAUAAAUCCUUAUAGUGACUACUACUGUGUAGUUGCUUUUUACUCCCUCUA